AUGGAUGAGCCGCCGCUGGGUAGUCUUCAUGUGGGGACGGCCGGCUUCUCCAGCGCUCAUUGGGCUGGAAGUUUCUAUCCAGGAAACGUGAAGAAGGGUGAAGACCAGCUAGAGUGCUACCAGGAGAGCUUCUGGGUGGUGGAGGUCAACUCCAGCUUCUAUGGCACUCCGUCGGCUGACACCAUCGCCAGCUGGCGACGACGAUGUGCCGAAGGUUUCCUUAUGGGGCUCAAGGUGCCGAAGACUGUGACUCAUGAUGCGGGGUCCCCUGCGGCGCCAGCUGCUUUGGAGUCUCUGCGGCACUUUGCCCAGCGCGUGGCUGGGCUUGGCAAGCAUCUCGGACCAGUACUAUUUCAGUGCCCGAGAAGUUUGAAGGCAGACGUCAAGAUCCUCCAGCAGGUGGAUGUGACUCUCGCGGCUUUGCCUGAGGAGGCCCGCCUCAAGGACGUGGCUUUCGAGUUCAGGCAUGCCUCAUGGUUCCAGGAUGCGGAGUCAUUAGACUUCAUGAAGACGAAGAACUGGGCUUUGGUUCAGCAUCCCAACGCCCUGGGCCGGGCGACCUCAGCUGACACAGCGCACUACGAGACCUACCAGCUGGACCCACUCCAGGCAUCCCACACAGCGGACUUUGUUUACGUGCGGCUGCAUGGGAACAAUGAUGCGCAUCAGUAUCGCUACACGGACGAAGAACUGUCCGGUUAUGCGCAGCAGCUCCAUGCCUGGAGAUCCCAGGGCUUGCGCGUUUUCUGCUUCCUUCUGAAUGACGAUUCAGGAGCUGCGAUGCCGCAGAACGUGCAGAGCUCAGAUUCCUCUUUCUUGGCCAAAAGUUGUCGCUUGAUGCUGUAA